CGGACCUCGUCCCAAACCGCGCACUCGCUCCCUACACAGUGUUAAUCUAGCAGACUGAAAUGACCAGCACGCGCCGCCGUUUAAUGCCAUUUGCUGCUUGGCUGCGACAUAAAAAUUUCAGAAUGUCACCAGAACCGUCAAAGGCAGUAUAUUCACAUCGCAGGGCACCUAACAAGGCGAACUAUGUAGUAUGUUAGUAGGCGGAUUGGGACGCAACCGCCGCCUCACAUAGUCCCGCAGAGAAGCUGAUGGAAGGAGGCAAGUUGUGAGAAAAAGAAAAAGGCGGGAUUUAAUGUCCUCUUGAAAAAGGGUACAUUUAUUCAGAAUGGCGGAGUCCGGCCAGUUUCGAGGUCUGCCCCGGAUCCGGAGGGCUGCGGCCUCAAUUCCUGGAAAUCUGCACCUGGUUCUGGUUCUAAGGCCCAAAAACCAGCCUCAAGGCACCGGCACAGACCUGGGAUUCCGCUUCUGUCAGGAUGACUUCACUAUUAAAAUGCCUGUGAUCAUGCUGAGUUCAGUCACUGAUCUGCUGCGUUAUAUUGAUGAGAACCAGUUGAGCACUGAUUUCAGUGGAACUCUCGAGUGCUGCGCCACAGACUGGAUUGUCCUGAGGACGGCGAUAGAGAGUUUUGCAGUGAUGGUGAAGGAUGUUGCUCAGCUGCUGCAGGUGUUUGGAACUGAACUGGCCGAGACUGAACUACCAGAGGAACCGAAUGCUAUCGAGUACCUGCUCCGCUCUCACACUGACAAAUACAGGCAGAUGAAGGAUGAUAUUCGCUCAGUGAUGAAGGAGGGACGUCAGAUCCUGUCUAAUCUGGAAGGAGUUAAAAAGACAGAGGACAGAGACAUUGCUCAGGACAGCAACACUGUACAGAGACUUCUGACCCAGCUCAGGGACAUGGAGAUGGCAUUUGAUGGGUUCUUUGAGAAACACCACCUAAAAAUGCAGCAGUAUCUGCAGCUGCUCCGCUACGAGCUGAGCUUUCAUGAGAUGGAGGUGAAGCUGGAGGAGCUGAUUGUCCGAGAGAAAGCGAUUCCUGCUGCAGGAGUGACAGCAGUUCAGACACAACAACUCCUAACAGAAUUACAAGCUCUUGACUCCAUCGCUGAGGAAGAGAUGGGUCGUGCUCAGAUUGUCAUCCUUCAUGGUCAUCAGUUAGCGGCGAGUCAUCACUACGCCCUGGCUCUCAUUGUCCAGCGCUGUAAUGAACUGCGUCAUCACUGUGACACACUGACCACUGCCCUACGCAACAAACACACCUCACUCACACACGCACACAGUCUACAGCUGCACCUUGAGGAGGUAGUGCGUUGGUGUGAUGAGAGUGUGUAUCUGCUGGCCGGUCAGAUGGUUGAUAAGUUCCAAUCUAAAGAAGGAGCUCAGGAAGCUCUGAAUGAUAUUCAGAGACUGCUGGAGACCAAACCAGCACUCAGCUCCACUACUGACACAUGCACACCUGAGAUACAGGCUCAGGUGACAGUUGUGAUGGAGAAGUUCUCCUCAGUGCAGGUGAUGCUGGAGAACAGACAGGCAUGUUUGCGUAAACUCACCUGCGUUCAGGUGAGACCCAUCCAGCCUGUCUCCCCAAGACCAGAGAGCCCGACCCGCAUCAAAUCCCCGCUGUUCUCCCCCAAACACAGUUUUGAUGUGAACUCCAGUCUGAAGUUCUCUUUUGAUCUCUCUCUCCCGGGAAAAAAAAAUGCACGCAAGAACAAUGGCAACAAGAAGAUUGAGGUGGUGCAUGAGGAGAGUCAUGGGGGUGUGUGUCAAGAAGCAGAGGGAGCAGACAACUCUGAACAACAUCGAUGUCAUGUGAUGAAGGAACUGAUUGACACAGAGAAGGUUUAUGUGGAGGAAUUGCUCAGUGUUCUACUGGGUUACCGAGCUGAGAUGGAUAACCCCGCUCUCUCUCACAUCCUGCCAUCGGAGCUGAAAGACAAGAAGGAGGUUUUAUUUGGGAAUCUGCCAGAAAUUUACAAAUUUCACUGCAGGAUAUUUGUUCAGGAUCUGGAGAGCUGCCGAGAGACUCCGGAGAGAGUGGGAGCGAGAUUUCUAGAGAGAAAGGAGAACUUUCAGGUGUAUGAGCGUUACUGUCAGAAUAAACCUCGCUCAGAGGCGAUGUGGAGGCAGUGUGCAGACUCUCCAUUUUUCCAGGAAUGUAAGAGAAAAUUGAAGCACAAGCUGGAUUUGGAUUCAUAUUUACUGAAACCUGUUCAGCGUCUAACCAAAUAUCAGCUCUUGCUGAAGGAGCUGCUGAAGCACAGUACACACUCACAGUAUGUGUGUGAACUCCAGGGGGCACUAAACGUCAUGUUGAACCUCCUCAAAUCUGUUAAUGACUCCAUGCACCAGAUUGCCAUCACUGGAUAUGAGGGUGACCUGUGUGACCUGGGUCGGUUGUUAAUGCAGGGUUCAUUCAGUGUGUGGAUGAGCAGAAAGUCAUCACGUGUGAAGGACAUGGCUCGUUUUAAACCCAUGCAGAGACACCUGUUCCUCCACGAGAGGGCACUGCUGCUCUGUAAAAGGCGGGACGAGAAUGGAGACGGAGCUGACCGCACUGCCUCCUACAGCUUUAAACAUUGUCUCAGGAUGAGUGCUGUGGGUAUCACAGAGAAUGUUAAAGGAGAUGUGAAGAAGUUUGAGAUCUGGUACAGUGGGAGAGAAGAAGUGUAUGUAGUGCAGGCCCCAACAGUUGAGGUGAAGUCAGCUUGGCUCAGUGAGAUCAGAAAAAUCCUCACAAACCAUCAAAAAACUGCUCAAGAUGAAGGUAAUGGUGCUGUAGACUCUCUCUCCCCUCUUCUUGUGAACAGUAUGGAGAGGGUGUCAGCCUGCAUGCCCUGGAGUCCCGCCCCCAUCGCAGGCUGUUCAGGUUGUUUUGAUGUCCCUCCUAACAGUAAGGGGGCGCCGGUGCACUCAGACGAGUCAGGGAGCUCUAGUCCAGUUCUAACGGACCCUGUGAUGUUCUCACCUCGACCACAGAGUCGCAACCGCCGCAGUUGGCCAGGAACCUCGAACUCUGUGGAUAUUUGUGAGACUUUAGAGGAUUGGACCACUGAUCUGUCCUUCAUCUCCGACUCGGAUGAGGAAGAUGAGGUCCUGCUGGUUGCUGGGAAAUACCGAGCCCUGGUGGAUCACCUGAAGUGUGGUAAAGAUGAGGUCAUCAUAAAACACGGUGAUGUCAUCCACUUACUGCAGGAGAGCACAGCGGGCCGAUGGCACGUAAAAAACCUGACUCGUGGAGGUGAGGGAAAACUUCCAGCUGAUGCCCUGAACAUAAUUCUGGGAAAUGUAGACAGGAGUCAUGUGAUCAGACCCAGACGUGAAUUUACAGCUCGGGAAAUAUAAGCAGAGUGACAAACACGCCGUGAUGAUAUCCUCCAUGUUCAAGGAAACUUCUACAUUAUUAUUCAGCCUGGAGACACACACACACACAACAUCCAGCUGAAAACAGAACCGUAUUUCCUGGACUGCAGGUCAUGUAGUGUGCUCCGAAGCAGAGCUUUGUAGCUGUUGCAGUAAAUAGAGUUUGAUGAACUAUAAAAUGAUUCAGUUUUUAUAAACGGUUUAGAGGUAAAAGGUAGCAUUCUAAUGUGGUUUCAUAUGAAAAGGAAAGAGUUGACUCAUAUAGUCCAGAUAAUACUGUAAGCAAUGCAUGUGAUUCCUUUUCUCCUCUUUCCCACUCUGUGUUCUUUGCUUUCCAUAAACUCUGAACAUUUCUGCACAUCCUCAUAUCCAGUCUUCCCAUUUACCAUCACCACAGUAUGUCAGUCCAUCAUAAGUGUGUUUACUGGAGAUUUCUGCACCCAGGACCAUCUUGAGAACCUCUGGAGGUAACGGGAACAAAUUCUCUAGUUCACAUUUCAUUGCCUUCAACGACAGAAUCCCAUCAUCCGCUGUGUAGUGUGAGCCGUGUGCUAGAGCUUGCUGAGUGUGUGUACCACAAUGCUAAUUCUUCUUUAUGUCUAGAGAUUUUCAUACACAGGCUGACUUCAACUAAAUAUUUAUCAUUUCUAAAUCAGACUUUGUACAUUCCACAAAUUCCUCUUCAGUUUAAAACAAACAUGACACUCUUGUGUGUUAGCGUGGCUACUUCCAGCAGGUUUGUGCUUCUCUACAGCAUGUGACAGAAAGAAACACUCACUAGUUUUAGGAUCUACUUCGUGCCAAAUCACACAUUUUUACAUAACAGUGCUUUGUUUCUAAUCCGGUUUUAUACUUUGUUAGUGUUUUCAUAGCAUUGUGGAUUUGUUACAGUUUAUGUGUUGGUUUAACGCUUCACUUUACACACACACACACACACACACACAGCAGUGUUAAGGAAUACUUCAUAGCCUUUCGUCUUCCUCGCUGGUGCGUGCUAAACUGGCUUUGCUAAUUCCACUGCUCAGGCGGUUCUGAAGGUGUGUUUUAGAGCUGAAUGUAUGAAGCCAUAAAUGUCAAAAAGAAGCUUUAGAUGCAAAGCUACAUGUGGAGGAGAAGGUUUUUGUAGUGUAUGAUCUAUUUAACUACAUGUUGAAGCACAAGAUGUAUAAUGCUAUAAAAAGCCAUUUUUCAUUGAAUGUAAAUAUACACUAUUAUCCCAUUGUGCCAAAACGAAUGUGUUCAUGCUUCAUUUUUAUUUUUUGCUGUUAAGAAAACACAAAGACACACAUCCAGCAGUUGAACAGUGUUCACUGAGUAGUUAAUUAUUUACCUAUUAGCUAAUGCCUGCUUCUGAUCUAUUGCGUCAUGAUCACUGACGACGUUAAGGCUAACUACUGAUCUCACCAUAAUGUCGUACUUUGUGGAGUCUAUUUAGAAUUUUUAUUGGAUUUUUUUUUUUUUUUUAGCUGAUUACUAACUAAAACUGUGUCCCGAAU